CAUGCACUAUAUAAAGUAGUACAAGCAUAGGUACCCUGUCAACGUUUUCAUCCACCAUCACUCUCUUUUCUCUCUUUUUCACAUACAUAGACAGAGCAUUACACAAGUAACAACCUUCAUCCAUCUAUGGCUACCACUAAAGUUUACAUUGUUUACUAUUCUACGUACGGACAUGUUGAGAAGCUAGCUGAAGAGAUUAAAAAAGGCGCAGCUUCCGUUGAAGGAGUAGAGGCAAAGCUAUGGCAGGUACCUGAAACACUUCCAGAGGAAGUCCUUGGGAAGAUGGGAGCACCUCCAAAGAGUGACGUGCCAAUUAUUACACCUAAUGAGCUAACUGAAGCUGAUGGUUUGUUGUUUGGUUUCCCCACAAGAUUUGGAAUGAUGGCUUCUCAAUUUAAAGCAUUCUUGGAUGCAACUGGAGGCCUAUGGCGUACACAGGCACUUGCAGGAAAGCCUGCUGGAAUAUUUUACAGCACUGGUUCUCAAGGAGGUGGACAAGAGACUACUCCGUUGACAUCCAUUACCCAGCUUGUUCACCACGGAUUGAUUUUUGUGCCAAUUGGUUACACAUUCGGCGCUGGGAUGUUCGAGAUGGAGAAUGUGAAAGGUGGAUCCCCAUAUGGUGCAGGAACCUACGCUGGGGACGGCUCAAGACAGCCUACUGAGUUAGAAUUGGCUCAAGCUUUCCAUCAGGGAAAGUACUUUGCUGGCAUUGCAAAGAAGCUCAAAGGAUCUGAGUGACUUUUAUUCUCUAUACAUAAAGAGUGUUGUGUUGUGUUGUGAAUCACAUUCAGUUUCCAGUUCCUAUAGUGUCCAACAGAAUAAGAUGUUAAUUGAAAAAGAGAAUGGAAACAUUAUUAUCAAUGUUUAUGUUCUCAAUAUAAUUGUACUUUUUACUUGUCACAGUGUAUCUUCAAAUACAGUGUUGUUAUUAAUAACAAGAAUUUGGUAUUUGUUACCUUUUUCAUUGA